AUGAUAUUAGCAAGGACCAAAGGUAAGUAAUAUAUAACCAGUGGCUGAAGCCAAGACUGCGGCUUUCCAGUCGUUUACCUGCUUACACAAAUCAACUUACCAUACACCGUGGUCAGUGAUACAAAUUUAAAGCCGCUUUCAGGAUCACGGCUUAUGGAAGACGUUUGUGAUUUCCAAAAAUGUCUUUAAUAGAACAGGAUUAUCUUUAGAACAACAUCCCGUUAUAUCUUGAAUUUGCUUCGGAACAGGCAAGUGAACUUAACACUGAUCAAGGUAUCCAUGGUUUAGCUUCUUUUUAAACAAGUAUUGGAUCAAUUUUCUCAAGUUUCAUCCCUGCUAUUAUAAAUUUUAAAAAAAACGCGCCACUAUUGUUUUUGGGAAUCCGACUGAUGCAAAGACACGAUUUAGCGUAGCCACUUAAUACGAAUCUCUCAGAUUAUGCUGACUUAUGUAAAUCUCUCCUCCCUCAGCUGUACCAUUGGCACCAAGAAAUACUCACGUCAGUGUUCUGCAGGAAACUUAUGUAGAGAUAAAGUGGGAACCUUCACCUGAUGACGUUUAUGAAAAUUUCAAUGAAAAAUUUACAUAUUCUGUGGACUGCUUCAGAUGCAACAGGAAAUACAAGGGCUGCAACGAUUCUUGUGGUUUACGUGUACGGUACGCACCAAGCAAGGACAUCAUCUCAGCUGGUACUACUAGUGUGACAAUACAUGGCUUGCCUUCUGGUAGUUUCCUGGUAUUUCGAGUUUACUCUGUCAGUAAACACUCCAAAGAUAGAGACGAAUGGGACUAUGACACGAUAUUGGUAGAAACCAAAGGUAAGUAAUAUAUAAUUGGCUGAAGCCAGUAUUGCGGCUCUCGAGUUGUCUACCUGCAUAGACAAAUCAACGUACCAUUCACCGUGGUCAAUGUUACAAAUAAAAGCCACUUUAAGGGACGGCUUAUGGAAGACGUUUGCGAUACCCGAAAAUGUCUUCGAUAGAAAAGUGUUAUUUUUAGAAAAACAUCCCGUUAUAUCCUGAAUUUGCUUAGGAACAGGCAAGUGAACUUAACGCUGAUCAAGGUAUCCAUGUCUUAGCUUCUUUUUAAACUAAGAAUUGGAUCAAUUUUUUCAAGUUUCAUCCCAGCAACAGAUCUAGACGACAAGAAACAGUUCCAAUGCUUAAGUAUAAUUAUAUAUUUUACAAAACCGCGCCACUAUUGUUUUUGAGAAUCCGACUAAUGCAAAGACACGAUUUGGCGUUUUAGAAAAAUAGCAAAUAGCCUGACGUAGCCACUUAAUAGGAAUCUCUCAGAUUAUGCUGACUUAUGUAAGUCUCUCCUCCCUCAGCCGUUUUACCAAAGGCACCAAGAAAUGCUUAUGUCAGUGUUCUGAAGGAAACUUAUGUAGAGAUAAAGUGGGAACGUUCACCCGAUGACAUUGAUGGAAAGUUAAGAUAUUCUGUGGACUGCUUCAGAUGCAAGCUCAGGAGUUACAAGGACUGUAAGGAUUUUUGUGGUUCAAGUGUACAGUACAUACCAAAUAAGGACAACAUCACAAAUGGUACUGUGAAAAUAAGUGGCUUGCCUUCUGGUAGUUUCCUGAUAUUUCGAGUUUACUCUGUCAGUGACUUAAAUGAACACUUCAAAGAUAGAGACAAAUGGAACUAUUUUACGGUAUUCGUAGAAACCAAAGGUAAGUAAUAUAUAAUUGGCUGAAGCCAGGAUUGCGGCUCUCGAGUUGUCUACCUGCAUAUAGACAAAUCAACUUACGAUUCACCGUGGUCAAUUUUGCAAAUUAAAGCUGCUUUAAGGGACGGCUUAUGGAAGACGUUUGCGAUACCCGAAAAUAUCUUAGAUAGAACAGUGUUAUCUUUAGAAGAACAUCCCGUUAUAUCCUACAUUUGCUUAGAAACAGGCAAAUGAACUUCACACCGAUCAACGUCUUAAUUUGGAUGAACAAUAAAAAAUGCAUUUAUUGGAUUUAGAAGGCUUUGCCAUGUGAAGAAUGUAUUAUGCAGAUCUCGGAGAGUAUUAUCCGCCGCAGCCGCCCCUCUUUGAUCUGUAUAAUUCUUCAGAUCAUACGCAGCCUGACCCAAUAAUUGCUAAAUAUCUGGACGGAAACUGA